AUGAAUCCACUCAACCUUGUCCCCCUCCUCUUACUAUUACCCUCCCUCUCUGUCGCAACAUGCUACUAUCCAAACGGCAACGAAGCAACCACAGACGUGCAAUCCAAUAUCCAACGCAACACUGGCUGCGCAAUCGUCCCCUACAACAGCACCGAUCAAGGCGUAUACUACUGUUGCAACUCAAUCGUCAACAAUGUGACCGGACCGAACCCGAGUUGCGACCUGGAUCUCGAGCCGUUCACCCUCCAGAGCGCGACUAUUGUUCCGGGCGCUGGGCUUCUAAAGAACUACGUGGAGCUGUCGGAUUCGGAUAACACCUCCAAUACGACAGCGCGAAACAAAACGAAUGCUUGCGCCGAUGCCGAUACCUUAGAUGCGAACAUAGACGCGAAAACAGUAGCCGUCGGCGCUGGGCUUGGGGUGCCCUUGGGUGUUCUUGCUCUGGCUGGGUUUGUCUGGGCCAUGUAUGAGAGGAGAAGACGACUUCGAACUGUCACGUCAGAUAGUAAGGCUCCCGUGGCAGAGUACAGCCCAAUGACGGUGAGCGGGGAGUUUUACCCAAAGUCUCCGGCUUUGAACGAGCAGCUUCGGUACUCGCAGCCCGUGGAGUUGGCGGAGAGCUAA